CCACCGUGUAGGUGAGAGCUCCUGGCUCCUGGAGCAAGACGCUAGCGUGACGAGCCAGUGAGGAUCUGUGUCGGUCAGCCCUGCCGGCCCAGUGAGCAGGCCCUCAUCCUGUCUUGUCACCAGGUCCUGGAAGACACCACGCUGGUGGUUCGUUGCAUUUCAUGUUGGUUGGACAUUUCUCUCUUCCCAUAUAAUGGUUCCUACCUCUGUGAAGAAUAUUUGUCAUCCCGUCAUACUAAUGUGGAAAAUGAUGCUCUUCACAUAUGGUUUCCCUGGAGUGAAGCAACAGAUCUACGCCCUGAUUAUCCUCCUUUUUAGUUUUGUGAUCUGGGUAUUCGGUAUUGUCCUAAUGAACAGUCUAUCCUGGCGCGUGUGGGAAUUUGACAAAGAGGGUAUUCUCAUUGCCUUCAUUGGCCUUUGGAAGGCUCAGUACUAUGUCAGGGGAGGCAUCUCAGGCUCGGCACAUAUUAUAGUAGUAGAAUCCAAAAUCAGCAGUGACUGGACCCACGCAAUUGAGCUUGAGUAUGCAAAGGAUCUAAUGGUGUUGGUGAAUUUUCUGCAGUCAGCAGCCCUGAUUUUAUGCACAGUGGCCUUUAUUGUUAGCAGGUUAAAGACCACCUACCCAGACUUCCUGCAAUUCUAUUACAGAACCUCAGCUGUCCUCCUUUUACUCAGCUCUGGCUGUGUGGCUCUGGCUGUUAGCUGGAACUAUGCCAUGGACAUUUCUGGCCAAAGCACCCUUGAUUUCCCAUUAAGCUUUUCUGUUGACAAAGAGGAUGUGAUCAAGAAACACUUGUCCCACGUGUUCCCACUGGGGAUGGUCACUGCUGCCCUGUCCCUCCUCAAUAGCACCCUGUGCUUCGGGUAUAUGUGCUUCACAAAGCCCAAGUCAGUGGCACCAAGUGAUGUUCCCUAAGGCUCACAUGAAAGCACAGAACUGAGGGCUGGAAGGUGUGGGAAGUCCUGACUGCAGGGUGCUUGAGGAAUUUGCCACCUAGGUGGCAUAGUGGGAUGAGUAUAUCCUCACUGCAAAUAAAAUUUAUGUCC